AACCAACUUCUUUGAUUCACCGAUUCUUAUGUUUAUGACAUCACGAUCGAUGAAAUCACCGUAGGGUCUAGAGUCGCAUGAUUGCCAGCCCCUUUCCCUGAGCGGCCCUUCCAAAAUGUCCUCCCCUGAUUUAUUGAUGUACAAAUCGACCACCCACUUCCGUCCGACCAUUGAUUGUUGUCUAUCACUGCAGAGUCCCCAUAUCCUCCUCUACAGUCAUCAGCAACAAUUUGUUGCCUCGUGAAUUGAGCCAGCAAUUUUUCGUGUAAUAAUGUCUGCGAAUUCAAAAUUGUCCGAGUACGUAGAAUUUCGCAGAAUCACGAGAGCACUUCUCUUUCCCACCGGUCUCUGGUUGUCUGGGAAUACGGGUUCACUGUACAGUUAUCUACCCCUUAUCUCGAUGAUUGUUUCAUCUAUCACGGGAUUCGGUAUCUUGAUGUUUACGACACAUCACAUAACGCGAGUGACUGUCGUAGUGAGGGGCAUGAGCAUUGGAACAAGUUUUUUGAGCGUGAUCUUGAAGAUAAUUUGUAUUAUUAGUCAACGUGAACGUGGAACUCGAGUCCAUCAAAUCCUGGACAACUACUGCUCUGCAGCUCUCAGAGAUGAACGAAUGAGUAAGAUUAUGUUGAAUGGUAUCACCAGUGUUCGUCGAAUAUGUUUCAUAGUGGUUUUUACUGUUGGUUUUGGGGUCGUUAUGUUCAUUCUCACACCAACAAUGAGUAUCAUAAACCAGAAACGUAACGGGGUCCAACCGGUCAAGUGUUCUUUGAUGUAUCCUGGACUGUACCCUUGGGAUAACUCCGAAAACGGAAUUGUUUGCCAAAUUCACUUUGUCAUCGAACUAUUGGCAUCAUUAAGUAUGUUCUGUAUUACAUGUGGGGUAGAUAGCCUCUUUGCUCUGUACAUCUUCCAAAUAACAGGACAACUCCGAAUAAUGUCACAUCGUCUGACGUCUUUCAGCGAGAAGGAAAAUAUUGAAAUCGUGAUCAGGGAGUGUUUACAACAAUACAAAGUUUUACUCAGGUGUCGGGAUUCUAUAGAAGAUAUUUUUGGACCUCUCGUGGUUUGGAUGAUGGGGACAAAUGCUGUCGUUCUAUGUGCAUUGAUGUUUCAAUUGUCUCAAAUGACAAGCAUCUCGAUAGUACGAGGAAUUGCUAUCAUCAAUUAUCUGGUGAUGAAAACGGUCCAAACGUAUAUUUACACCUGGUCCGGGACAGUCCUGAUAACAGAAAGUCAGAAGUACCAUGAAACAGUCUACAACAUCAAUUGGCUUGGAAGCAAGCCAAUCAUGUCAUCGAUCAUCAUUAUGCUCAGUCAAAGACCUAUUCACCUGAAACCCUUCGGGUUUUCAGUUAUAUCUGUGAAUAUUUUCAUCAUGGUUGGUGCACUUAAUGAAAGAUUACAGAACUCUUAUUUAUUCCUUUCGCUUUCCGCAGAUUCUCAAAACAACUGUCUCUUACUUUGGUUUGCUCAAUGCCAUGAACGAAAAAUCCAGGUAAACGUAUCCAUCAUCUUUGAAGUUCAGAAUUGUGUUCCGUUUAGAUGAA